AUGUCAAGGUUUAGUAACACUGUAAUAGGUCUGUUGAACCUAUUCACACUCUUAGCUUCAAUACCGAUAAUAGGUGGCGCCUUAUGGCUAGCAAGAAGCAGCGCCACCUGCGAAAGCUUCCUCCAAACACCACUUCUGGUCAUCGGAUUUGUAGUCUUGAUCCUUUACUGGCCUUCACCCAUCUUUGGGUUCAUCGUGACAGGAGCAGGCGGUGGAAUGAAUGUUUCCGGCAGGGCAUACAACGAGUAUCACUUGGAGGAUUAUUCGCCAUGGCUUAGGAAAAGAGUCGAGGAUCCAAAGUAUUGGAUGACAAUCAGAAGUUGUAUUUUGGGGUCAAAGACUUGUAGGGAUAUUGUCAUGUGGUCUCCUGUUGAUUAUUUGACGAAGGAUAUGUCUCCUAUUCAGUCGGGUUGUUGCAAGCCACCAAGUGAAUGCAGCUACGGGAUGACGAUGAUGACACAAGACUUAGAUUGCUACAAAUGGAGCAAUGAUCCGAGCACAUUAUGCUACGAGUGUGAUUCAUGCAAAGCCGGGGUUUUAGAGAAUGUGAGGAGAGAUUGGCGCAAGCUCUCAGUUCUCAAUGUUAUCAUGACACUGCUUUUGAUCGGUAUAUAUUGCAUCGGUUGUUGUGCAUUUAGGAAUACAAGGAGGUCGGAGACAGAUUACCCAUAUGGUGAAAACCAAAUGUCCAAGAUCCGACCCAGAUGGGAUUUCUUUUGGUGGAGAUGGUGGCAUGACAGAAGACACCAGCUUUAUUGAAAAGUAAAUUUCAACAAUAUUUUGUAUUUUCGUGAUUAAGCUCGACAGUUAAUCUUGUUCUAGAAGGUGAAGUACGAAGAUGAGUAAGAAUAUAGUUUAACAUUAUUAUUAUGUUUCUACUCUGUUUUAGGGUUGAAUGUAAUUUUGCAUUUUGUGACA